AGUUUGUUCCAGAUCAUUCAAGUGAUCCAUCAUAGCAUUAUUGGAGGAAACAUAUCAGCUUCAAUUUAAGCCAUUCUGAAGACAUACUCUGCACUCCGCUUCUCCUUAAUUGCACCUCCUUACGCAUACCACACAAGUGCCAUUGAUAAGAAAACCAGGAGGAUGAUCAUGGAUAUCUACGGAAGAUCAGAGCAUGAUCCGGAAUUCAAGGUACUUGAGGCGUCUUGCCCAAAUAUUACAACAGAAUACCUAUCUUCCCUAUGGAAUCUAGUAUACCAGUCACGUCAGCAAAACCAGUACAGCAAACCUAUGCCGUGGAUUGGGAUGUAUAUAGCAUUAGCAUCUCUACUUUGUGUCCUUGCAAUGGUGGCUGAUUUAUUACAUGGUUUGCGAAACAGAAAGCUAUGGUUUCCAUGUAAAUAUUUCACUCUGAAUGCCGCAUCUCUCACUGUGAUAGGUGUUGCAAUAAAGCUGCCCAUGGAUCUAACUACUCUCAUGCCAGGUGCUAUUGACCAGGCUACAAAGCUUGGAAGCAUGAGCUUUAUGUGCACCAUGAUGGCAAAUUUAUUGCCUUCUUUAGCAACCAUGAACGACAAGGAGCUAGUCUCAAACAUGAUUGCUGUAGUUGUUCUGGUAAUCUCCUUGGUUGUCAAUUUUUGCAUUCAAUUAGACACGGGAAUUUUAUUCUAUAUUUCUGAAGGUGCAUUCUUUUCAUAUAAAACACCGUUCCUUUUUAAAUUUAGUUAUGUAGCCGGUUGGGUGGUUCCGAUACUCAUGUUGCUGAUAAUAUAUGCAUGUUCAUCUUUAGCAAUUCUAAAGUCCAAACAGAUUCUAGAAUCCAAAUACCAAACAGCUAAUCAAACAGCUUUAAAGGAUCUAGUGCUGCCUGAUGGAAGAUUAACUGUUGCGAAGCUAAAGGAGUAUGUGACAAAGUACUGGAUCAUGGCAGGAACCGGAAGCCCUCAAUUUCUGACAGUCUGCUCUAUUUCGACAUCUGCUUCAGGGGUAAUAUGUGCUGCAAGCACUGGCUUCUUUAUUUCACUUAUGAUUUACCGAUUUCCACGUGUAGGACAUCAAGAGGACUAUAAGUCGGAUUAUAAGUGGUCAAUGGUAGUGAUUUUCGUGAUACAAUCCAUCGGAGUGAUACUGGGUACAAUUGCCCCGCUUGCCAGAUGUUUUGCAACCUUAAGCUUUGAUUUGUCAAUAAAAUGGAUUUGGAAGCAUGUGAAGAUCUGUGAAGUAGAGAGCUACCGGACUCAGAAGUUAUAUGAUUGGAAAUAUAGUUUCAUACCAUUCCUAUCCGGUGGCCGCAAAUGCAAGAUUGUCAUCCAGCAUUUGAAAAUCCAAAGUAUCAUUCUUUGUGUAGGAUUUCAGAAGACAGUCCUUGUAGCAUGCAAGAUGAUAAACAUGAUUACAAUUCUGUUUAUGAUAUUUGUCUUGUUUUGUCGUUCUUGUUGGAAAUGGUUAAAGGCCAUUAUGUUUAGCACAUCAUGUCAUACAUUGGGAGAACAGCCUAAUGAGCACCUAGGAAAAGAUGAAGAUCUUAGGGGGUAUGUUUUGCAACUUCACGAAGACUUACAGUUUACUGAAAAAACACUGAAACGCUUUUUAAAAUCUGUGAAUCGCUUGAUCCUAAAGGCAGAAAAACAACCCCCAAAGAAUCUUAUGAAGCUUCUAUCAAAAUCUCAUGGUUUUGAAGGACUUGCAAAGUUUAACAGCAAUCAUGUUCCUUCUUUACUUCCAAAGGAAUAUGUCAAUUGUUGGUCUUUGCCUUUGGUAACUCUAACAUCCAUCGCCAUGUCUCUACCUAACAUCGAAAAGGACAUGGUUGAUUGCUUGCUAAAUGGUGUGAGUGAGGCUCUUUUAUAUGUCACGCUCGUGGAAGAAAGCCUCAAUGCUAGUGAUCAUGAUCAUGUAAGCAUUCAAAAGGCAGCUGAAACUUUGUGGGUAGAUGUUGAAGUGUACCAUAAAUGGUUAGGAACUAAGCUGCCAAGCCCUAAGUCUAAAGUGAAUACACCGAGAGAGAUUCUUCAAUGGUUAAGGGAUAAGGCUAAGAGGAAGGUCAACAAGGUGGAAAGUAUGGAUAUCAGAAGCCGAAGUUAUGGUUCUAAAUACAUGUCUAUUUGUGCCAAUUCAAUGUAUCGUAUCGCUGAGACAAUCUUGCUCAACUAUCACGACAACAUUGAGCAGGUUAGCCAAGAUAAACUAUUUGCACAUGUAUCAUCAAUGAUCGCUGAUAUAAUAGCUGCUUGUGUCACCAACUUACCCCAAGUCAUUCUAAUGAAAUGCCGUGAAAGUGUCAUAGAGAAAAGGGAGGCGAGUGUUCAAGCUGCAGCUCAACUUCUAGGUGAGACUGCAGAGAUAAUCAUCACCCUUCAAGAACAUGAACUUCCAAGAUUGAAUCCAGACGAGUUGGCGUUUAUCGACAAGUGGUCAGAAUAAGGCGGAGAUGAUGGUUGUGUUGGUACGGAAUCCAAUGGCGAUGAAACUUGGCUAAAGAAAGAAGAGAAGGCAAAGAAGAAAACUGCCAAGGUGAUGAUUGGUAGAUGAUGUGACCUGGUCACCAGACGAUUACGCCUUGUGCCUGUGAUUAUUCUGAUGAGCCUGCAAGGUCACAACAGGAAGGGCCUGUUAGCCGUUCUCUGGGAGGAGUGAUAUGUGUAUUUAUAUAUAUAUAUAUAUAUAUAUAUAUAUAUAUAUAUAUAUAUAUAUACAUAUAUAUAUAUAUAUAUAUAUAUAUAUAUAUAUAUGCACUUUAUCUUAAUAUUUUGGCCUUAUUUAUUCUCUUUUAGAACUAAAAAGUACUUAUAAUGCUUUGAAUUAUGUUUUGCAGCUAUUCGUUGUCGAUAAAGCACAAAAGAAAAGACUGGAGCGGAAACCGGGCUUAGAAGCUAAAAGAAAGAAAAGAAUGUUGAGAAACCAAGUAUGCCCCGUGUACCUUAAGGGUACGCCCCGCGUACAGACUUGCACCGGAUAAACUUGAUCGCGUAAUUAUCCUUAGUACGCCCCACGUAAUCCCACGUACGCCCAGCGUACGUAAGUCGGCUACAAAGGCUAUAAAAGUCGAUUUUCAGCUAACCAGGAGGGGGGAUUCGACUUCCAACUUAGUUUAGUCGAUAUUUAACUUCUGUUAAGCCGUUUUGAGGGUUUAGAAGGCGGCCGGAAGGUCGUUAAGCUAACGGGAGCGGAGAUCGGAAGGGUUGGAGAGCGGAUACAUGUCGGUAAUCAUAUGGGUUGUUAACGUGACCAUGUUUAGCAUUCCAUUGUGGUACUUUUCUGUAUUUAGUUUCUGAUUUGGGUGUAAAAACCUUUUACUUUGUGUUUAUGAUUGAAUGAAGCUUUGAUUAUUA